AUGGCCUCCUCAAGCCCAAACCCCACCAACCCCACCAACCCCCCCGACCCGCCCACCGCCCCACCCCCGCUCAAAGACCUCACAAUAGAAAACAUAACCACAAACACCAACCUCAUAAACGCCCAAUGCCCCUCCCCGCGCCUCCGCUACCUCCUCUCCCGCCUCGUCACGCACCUGCACGACUUCGCCCGCGAAACCCGCCUGUCGACCGCCGAGUGGUCCGCCGCGCUCGCCUUCCUCAUCGAGGCGGGCCAGAUCAGCUCCCCGCAGCGCAACGAGCUCAUCCUCCUCUCCGACAUCCUCGGCCUCUCGCUGCUGGUCGACGCCAUCGACCACCCGAAACCCCCCGGCGCCACCGAGGGCACCGUGCUCGGCCCGUUCCACACGCACGACGCACCCACCGUCGCCGAUGGCGGCCUGCUCUCGCGCGACGCUGCCGGCGAGCCGUUGCUGGUUGUCUGCUGCGUGCGCGACCUGGCGGGCCGCGCGCUGGAGGGCGUCAGGGUCGAUAUCUGGGAGACGGACAGUAGCGGGCACUAUGAUGUGCAGUAUGCGAGCGGGAAGGGACAGGGACAGGGGAAGGGGGAGGCCGGGGGACGGUCCGUGGAUGGGCGCGGGGUGAUGUAUUCGGACGCGCGGGGCAGGUUUUGGUUCCAGGCCAUCAAGCCCGUGUCGUAUCCGAUUCCGCACGAUGGACCCGUCGGCCGGUUUCUGGGCAAGAUGCGGCGCCACCCGUAUCGGCCGGCGCAUAUGCAUUUCAUGCUAUGGAAGGAAGGGUGGGAUUGUUUGAUUACGGCCCUAUACGUCCGCGGCGACCCAUACGAAUCCUCCGACGCUGUCUUCGGCGUGAAAUCAUCCCUGAUCGUCGACCUGCAGCCGCUCACGGAUCCCGAGAUGGCGAAGAAAUACGACGUGCCGCUGGGUACGCUUGUGCUUCAGCAUGAGUUUGUCUUGGUGUCGGAGGAAGAGGCGAAGGAGUUGCGCGAGCGGAAUUCCAGGGAGGCGAUGGAGAAGUUGGGGAUGCGGGUUCGGUUGUUAGACGGGCUGCCAGUGCCGGAUGUUGAUUGA